CAUUGAAAGAGUCUACUUACUUCAUUAGAGAUCAUCUUAACUCAACUCAGAUUAAAAUUUCUACAAGAAAGCUCAAAAACAUUUGCAAUUCAAUUUUGUGUAGGGAAUUGAUGUAUACAAUCUCAUCUUUAAAUUCACAAACUAAUACCCUAUGUAGAUUAUGAUUUGAUUUGUAAAUCCUGGGAAGAUGCUGAGCCUCAUCAUCUUCACCCUGCUACUAAUUUCACCUACAUAUACAUUUUCUUCAACCGACGACGACAACAUUAACCCUCCAUAUCACCAUUGCCCAGACAGUACUGGCUACACCUACACCUCAGGCAGCAUAUUUGAAGAAAAUCUCAAUCACACCCUUCACACACUAAUUCCGCCUAACACGUUGCGAAAUUUCUCCUCUGAGCUCACCUAUGGCACAGGCAUUGACCAAAUUUACGCUCUCUACUACUGCAGAGGUGAUGCUGAUGCUGAUACAUGCUACAGAUGCAUCCAGGAUUCGAUACAGGAAAUAGUACAGAAAUGCGAAUUUAAGAAACAAGGGAUUGUUUGGUAUGAGUUUUGCACCUUACGUUAUGCCAAUUAUACCAUAUUCUCACUUGAUGAGGAAAGUCCUUCUGAAUCACACUAUAAUCACACUAGUUUGGUGAGCAACCCAAUCCUUGAACCACACCGUCAGCUAUUCAACAACACUAUGAAUGAUCUUAUUCGUAAUGCUGCGCAUAAUGGUAGCCGUCUUGGUUUCGCCGCAAAUGAGGCCAAUCUAUCCUCAUCUCUUACAUUGCGCGGCCUUGCGCAGUGCAGUCCUUUUAUUAGUAGUGACCUUUGUGAGACAUGCCUCACGGCUGCUUUUAGGCAGAUGGAUCUAUGGUCCAACACUAUACUGUUUUUGCCGAGUUGCAAUAUUGGGUUCGAGUUGCUUGGAUUCUCUCUGCAAACUGAGCGACCUUCAUCUCGUAACCCAGAUACCCAACGAACAGAGCGGUCUAAGGUUGUUAUUAUCGGCGUACUGAUACCUGUCAUUGUAAUAUUAUUACUUCUGGGUGGCUUUUGGUUGUGGAGGCGGCGAAGGCGGUCACCAGGUGCAGGAAGUGUAGUAGUGGAGCCUAAUAUUGAAGAACCUAGGAUGCAAUUGACUCGAUUUACGCAUUCUCAGGUGAAAGCCAUGACAAAUGAGUUUGAAAGAGUACUUGGUGAAGGUGGUUAUGGGAUUGUUUACUAUGGUCGAUUAACUGAUCCUGACCGAGAAGUCGCCGUGAAGGUGCUAUCAAAGAACGAUGCACCCAUGCAAUUUAGCAAUGAGAUAAAAGUUUUGGGAAGAAUUUAUCACAAGAACUUGGUUUCUUUGAUUGGAUACUGCGAAGAAGGAACGAGCAACUUGGCACUUAUCUAUGAAUACAUGUCUGGAGGAGACCUGAAAGCUCUGCUAUCAGAACGUUCAGGUGAUGCUGUAAGCUGGAAAACAAGACUUGCAAUUGCCUUUGACACAGCUCAAGGAUUGGACUACUUGCACACUGGUUGCAGCCCAUCCAUAAUCCAUAGAGAUGUGAAGCCCGCCAAUAUACUACUCAAUCAAAAUCUUCAAGCAAAAGUAGCUGAUUUUGGCUUCUCUAAGAUCUUCCCAGCUGACUUUGUCUCAAAAUUACCCACAACAAGGGUCAUUGGAACACCAGGUUAUGUUGAUCCUCAGUACCAUUUAACAGGACAAGUGAACGAAAAAAGCGAUGUUUAUAGUUUCGGGGUGGUUAUGCUAGAGCUCAUCACAGGACAAAAGGCAAUAAUAAACCAUAGUCAUACUAAUUUAGUUCAAUGGGUAACGCCUCUAUAUGAAAGAGGAGACAUAGGCAGCAUAUUAGACCCUAGGCUGCGACUAGAGGUUGGUGAAAACUAUAACACCAUUUGGAAAGCAACAGAGCUAGCCAAGAAAUGUGUUGAGUUAGAGGUAACACAUAGGCCAACAAUGAGCUACAUUGUUAUGGAAUUGAGGGAGUGCUUGGCUAUGGAGAAUAAUCUCGGUGCCAGGAAUUCGAGCUCGGCUACUACCUCAAUGGAGAUGAUGACUGCCGCGGUUUCAACUGCUUCGUUAAGCCCACAAGCACGGUAGUAAUAUACUUCCUCCGUCUUUUAUUAGUUUACCCUUUUUACUUUUGACACUAUUCACAUACAUGACUUUGACUAUCUUUUGUAAUUUGUAUUUAAGGAAAAAUAUAAUCA